UUGACGGCAAUCGCUUGACGGCAAUAUUGUAAAAACAAGGCACGCAUUCGCUCUCUUUCAGCAAAAAAAAAAGAACUACAAAUCUUAAACUAUAUUCGAUCGAUGGCAGAACCCCCUCCCGGCGGCUACAACUACAAAACAUUAUUAUGCAGAAACAUUCCGGAGCUAUUUUUGGACAAAUAUGUGGCGCGUUCGCACUUCGGACGGUUUGGCACCCUCGUAAACUUUGUCCUGCGUCCGCGGCGAAUGAGCUGCACCGUGAGCUAUGCCAGCGAGGAGGAGGCGUCGCGGGCGCUCCUCGAUGGCGCCAGCUUUCAGGGUCACCUGUUUGAUAUAUCCUAUGCUGAUAACGAGACGGCGCCGGCACAGAAAACGGAGGAGUGGGUGGAUCCUGAAAUUCAGGCGGAGUUGAGUGCACUGCAGUCGGGCUGGCGCAAUGAGUAUGCGUCGGGCAAGCCGAUAAGAACACCACCAAAUGGAGGCAGUGGUGGCGGUGGCAGUUCAGUGCUGCCUGCCCUACCAGUUGGGUCCGCAACGGCGGCGGUGAGCAGAGAUCGUACGCCUGCCCAGCUCAGGGAUCUUGAGAACAUGAUGCGCAGACCCGCCCAUACAAGCGAGGAGAAGUUCAGCGUGCUUGAUGCCCGCGAUAAGCUGAUCCGGCUGAACCGAACGCAACACAAGCUGUCCGGUGCCACCCAGGGUCACUGCGCCGAUAUGUGUCCGGAAAAGGAGCGCGUGCUGAGAGAGUUCCAGCGCCAGGUGGCCUACUAUGAACUGCAACCGGGCUCCGAUGAGCUAAUCUGCCACGAAAGAGCCCUGAAGCAGUACUCACGCAGCAGUGCCGACCAGGAGACGCCACUGCCGCAUGAACUGCGAAAUGAGACUGCCCUGCACAUGACCAUGAGCUAUCUAAUGCACGAGAUCAUGGACAUUAGCGAGCGCCCGGAUCCGCAAAGUCAUAUGGGCGAUUGGUUUCACUUCGUUUGGGAUCGCACGAGGUCCAUCCGAAAGGAGAUCACCCAGCAGGAGCUAUGCUCGCUGGGCGCCGUGAAGUUGGUGGAGCAGUGCGCCCGGUUUCACAUCCAUUGCGCCGCCCGUUUGGUUGACGCCGACCCCAGCGUCUUUGACAGCAAGAUCAACGCCGAGAAUCUAACCAAAUGCCUGCAGACUUUGAAGUACAUGUACCAUGACCUGCGGAUUAAGGGCGUCCCGUGUCCCAAAGAGACGGAAUUUCGGGGCUACAUUGUAUUGCUAAAUCUGGCCGAUGCCAACUUUCUCUGGGAUAUCGGCCAGCUGCCCGUGGAACUGCAGAGUUGUCCCGAAGUGCGUCAAGCCAUUCAAUUCUACUUGGCCCUGCAGGACACGAACUUUGUGCGGUUCUUCCAGCUGCUGGCUGACAAGGAUACCAGUUACCUGAGUGCCUGCAUCCUAGUCAAUUACUUUACGCGACUGCGCGUGCUGGGGCUGCAUCGUCUGAUCCAUGCGUAUAGGUCUCCGCGGAAGGAUGAGGUGUCUUCGCUGCCUCUCACCUACAUCGCCGAACUACUGAGCUUUGCCAGCGAACAGGAGGCGGCGGAUUUUGUCCAACACUAUGGCCUGCAGGUCAACGAGGCGGGGAGAGUUGUGCUGAGCAGAAUGCACACGGUGGAGACGGACUACAAGCUGCCGCGACAGUAUGAGUUGGUGGAAGUAAAACGCGUGCAGAGCGUGGGCGAAGUCGUCAGUGGGGAACCUUUGCCACCACGAGACCUCUACCUCAACCACCGGCCGCACAAUAGCUUCGACGAGUAUGGAAUGCUCAAGAGCACUGCAUGGACGGCCAAGGAUCAGCUGGCUGGCAUGCAGCAAGAGGAGAUGCAGCCACAAAUGCCUUCGCAGCCACCAGCAGUCUCAAAAUAUAGCGAUAAUUUGUUUAAGGUGCCGAUGCAACCCGACGGAACGGCAGCAGGGUUUGGAGUAUUUGCUGCGGCUGCUGUUCCGCCAGCCUCCUCCAUCGAUGGGUUCAGUUUUGUCCUUCCCAAGUCACGCACCCAGGAGUUCCAGGAACAGGCUCUGGCUGCGCAGCAGCGACGGGCACAAGAAGAGGCCAAGCAUCAGGCCCUCCAAGUAGCCAUUGCCGCUGCAAAGAAGCGGGAAGCUGAGCUGAUGGCUAUUCACGAGGCCAAAGUGGCCGAGGCAGAGCGAGUGCGGCAGCAGAAACUCAAGGAACGCCAGGAGCAGGAGCGUCGCCAGCAGCAGGAACUGGAGGAGCAACGCCAGCGGGAUCGGGAGAAACUUCAGCUGGAAAAAGAGAGACAACUGAAACUGGAACAGCUGUUUUUUGUGCAGCAGCAGGAAAAGGAGGCCCGCAAACAGACCAGGACUCUGGAGUUGUAUCAGGAAAUAUUCCAGGACACCCUCGCGAAGAUUUGCCAAAGAGAGUUUAAGCCGCAUAGUCAGGCUUGCAGUUCCUACGAAUCCGUGCUGAACUCAAUAAUACGCGAUCUCGCCGAGCGGCAGAUGGAGCAAUACAUCUACGAACUGGGCGUCAUGAGGAUGUGCAUCAGGCGAUGGCGGAACUAUCGGCGAACGCAGCAGCGAAAGGACACGCUAUUUAACCAACUGCCUUUGAGUUUUGGCGCCGAAAACCCCGAGGGAGUGGUGAACAAACGAAGCAUGGAGGAUUUACUGCGUCUAAGCAGACGCUAUCGACUUGGCGAACCCUGCGAUUAUAGCAAACUUCUGGCUGGCCUGGAAGAGCAGAGUUGGCUGAAGCUGGAUCUGUGGCACGUUUUGGACAAGUGUCUGCCGCUAGCGCAACCAGGAGCUAGGCGCUUCUACAAGCUUUUGAUAAGCCUUUCCGGCGGCCAGGAGGGUUUUCAGUUAAACUACGAUUUGGAUAGGGGACUACUGCAGCAGCCACAGUCGCCGGAUGCUCGUUUUGUGGAAGGAGGCUAUAUCAGAGGUUUCUCUAAGGGUAUUGGAUUGAGUGUGCGGAAGAUCCGAGAUGAUUACCACGACUGGAAAGCCACCGACCUGGCCGAAGCCAAUGGUAUUGUUUGCUUAAUUGGGCUGGAUGACUUUCCUUUACUGCCGGAUCGCUUGAAACCAUUGCUGCAAGCAAGCCGCUGCCAUGAUGUGGCUGUUAUUGUGCAGCAUCCAGCUAAUACCGCCUUUGUUCAACCUGAUAUUCCUCUUCAGGAACUGUGUCUGCGCUCGUUUAACAUAUUUUGUUUGCGAAAAUCUGGAAACAACCGCCAGCGCUUAAUGAUUGCAUUGGAAUCGGCUGUAAAGUUUUUGGCCAAAGCCACAGAAUGGAAUAGCGUUGGACAUCUUUACCAAGUGGAAACCCGCGAAUAUUUGCUCGUUAAUCUGGGAUCGGAACUAUUUCGCCGCCUAAAAUACGCCGCUGAGCACGAUAAGGCCAUCAGAAGUGACGCUCAGCUAAAUCCACAGCGUUGUGUGGACCUUUUUAACGAGGCAGUGCAUCGUCUGCAAUUGGUGGCCGGCGAGGAUUUGAGUGACUGCCCCCAGUUUCCCGAGGAGCUGCGUGUCUUUGUGCAGCCACUGCCCAUCGAAUCAUCACUGAACACCAAUCGAUUGGAGCACUUUGAGCCCGGUUGGCACUUGCCCGAGCGACGCCAGCGUAUUGUCCAGCUUUUGGAGCGCUGUAAACUUCCAAGGGUGCCGGUACUGCCGAGGUCUUCAUCCCUGGCCGAAGCCCAGUGCCAGUGGGUGUUGGACUACGCGCAGAUAAGUCAGCAGGAAGACUGCGUGGAACAGAUCGCCCUCCAGGCCAUUAAAAUUCUGCAAUCCAACACGGAUGACUACUUGAACUUUGUGGAAUAUCUCGCUGGCGAACGAAUGCUAUACAUACUGCGGCAAGAGAGGAAUCUGCCCCAAGGAGUUGUGUACAAAAGGAAAACGCUGAAGAGUCGCUUCCUGAGCGCAUGGUACUAUGAGUUCCGUGAGCCUCAGAUUUACGAGCCCGUUCCCGCCGAAGAGGAUGCCCAGAAGUUGGAGGAACAGUCAUCAACACAAGUGGAGCUGCAACAACUGGACUUCGACGAGAUUACGAGCAAGGCGGAGGCUGUUCUCAAGAGGUAUCAACAGCGUCAGGGGCGUCACACCCUGCGCGAGCUCAACAGGUCACAUAAGUCGCGGAAGAGGAUGGACGCAUCGGACCACAAACAUGCCAGUAAUCUCAAGCGCAAGCGGUCCAAAUCCAAGUAGUCACGUUUUGCUGUAGCUAUUCUUUAAAAUGUAUCAUAUGCAUGUUAAUUGUAGUUCUAAUACAUGUGGUUAAGCAUAAUAUUUGCCAAUUGUGACAUGAGACAAGGCUAGAUUUUAAAUUGCAUCUAGAUUAGGUUAGGUUAGUCGAGUAAUUAUAAGUGAAACCAUGUGGCGAACGCCAAAAAGAGCGAGACAAUCGAACACAAGACCAUAUAUGUGCUAGCCUAAGCUAAAAAAGUAAUUCUGCGAGUUCUGCAAUAUAUAUUUUCUGGACCAAGA